UUGUGCCAUUCUGCCCUCUAUUUUCAGGGUCACGACCGCUGCGAGCAGGCCUUGCUGCAGAUUGGGAUCAACAUGAUGGCACUUCCUGGAGGUCGCCACCUGGACUCCGUCACCCUGCCAGGUCAGCGGCUGCACCUGAUGCAGGUGGACUCAGUCCAGCGCUGGAUGGAAGAUCUGAAGCUCAUGACCGAGUGCGAGUGCAUGUGCGUCCUGCAGGCCAAGCCCAUCAGCCUGGAGGAGGAUGCACAGGGUGACCUCAUCCUGGCAGGUGGCCCUGGCCCUGGAGACCCCCUGCAGCUGCUGCUCAAAAGGAGUUGGGUCAUUAGCACAGAGCUGCGCAGGAUUGGGCAGAAGCUGGCCCAGGACCGCUGGGCACGGGUGCACAGCAUGAGCGUGCGUCUGACCUGCCAUGCCCGCUCCAUGGUCAGCGAGUACAGUGCUGUCAGCAGGAACUCCUCGAAGGAAAUGGGCCAGAUUGAGAAGCUACUAAUGGAGAAAUGCUCAGAGCUCUCGGCAGUCACAGAGAGGUGCCUUCAGGUUGAGAAUGAGCAUGUCCUGAAGUCAAUGAAGGCCUGCGUGAGUGAGACCCUGACCACACUGGGCCAGCACUUUGGCCAGCUGCUGGAGCUGGCCCUGACACGGGAGGUUCAGGCACUGGUGAGAAAAAUUGAUGCCUCAGACAAUAUCUACACCACAGAGUCCACCACAGGGAACCUGUUCAGCCUGACCCAGGAAGGGGCUCCCUUGUGCCGCAUCAUAGCCAAGGAGGGUGGGGUCGUAGCUCUCUUCAAGGUUUGCCGGCAGGACAGUUUCCGGUGCUUGUACCCCCAGGCGCUCCGCACGCUGGCCUCCAUCUGCUGCGUGGAAGAGGGUGUCCACCAGCUGGAGAAGGUGGAUGGUGUUCUGUGCUUGGCCGACAUCCUGACUGACGACAGCCACUCAGAGGCCACACGGGCUGAGGCUGCGGCUGUGGUGGCCCAGGUCACCUCCCCACACCUGCCCGUCACCCAGCACCUCAGUAGCUUCCUGGAGAGCAUGGAGGAGAUUGUGACAGCCCUCGUCAAACUGUGCCAAGAGGCCUCAUCAGGGGAAGUCUUCCUACUGGCCUCUGCGGCCCUUGCCAACAUCACGUUCUUUGACACAAUGGCAUGCGAGAUGCUCCUGCAGCUGAAUGCCAUCCGUGUCCUCCUGGAAGCCUGCAGUGACAAGCAGAGAGUGGACACGCCUUACACUCGGGACCAGAUUGUGACCAUCUUGGCAAACAUGUCUGUCCUAGAACAGUGUGCCUCUGACAUCAUUCAGGAGAAUGGAGUCCAGCUUAUCAUGGGCAUGCUGUCUGAAAAGCCAAGGUCUGGGACCCCUGCUGAGGUGGCAGCCUGUGAGCGAGUCCAGCAGAAAGCUGCAGUGACCCUGGCUCGUCUCAGCCGAGACCCAGAUGUGGCACGGGAGGCCGUGCGGCUCAGCUGCAUGUCCCGUCUCAUCGAGCUCUGCAGAUCCCCAUCAGAGAGGAACAGCAGUGACGCCGUGCUUGUGGCCUGCCUGGCUAUGGGGAUACAGCUGCAGGUAAAAAAGACAAAAAUCUCUGCCCUCCUGCUGUGGCUUUUAUUUUGGUACAUUCAAGGCUGCUCUGCGUAGAUUGGCUGGGGUCUGCCCCGAAGGCCUCCAGGACUCUGACUUUCAGCAGUUGGUCCAGCCUCGGCUUGUGGACUCCUUCUUACUCUGCAGCAACAUGGAGGAGAGUUUUGUGUAGUGAGUGUGGGAGAAGAAAGACAUUUGGCUGUUCUCACACCCCCUCUGACUACGCACCAGUGAACACACCUGAGUACACACCAGCUCUCCUCAUCUUCUUAUUUAUACUUAACUUAUUUUUGUGUGAAAUAAAUGGAGGGCAAAAUCUUAGAGCAACAUCAUCAAACAGUCUGUGGUCCUUGGGAAUCUUCUUUGUUUUUUAUUUUUUGAUUUCUGUAGCUUUUCAGUUGCAGAUGUUGAAAUUCGUAAUGACCAAUAUGACAGAUUGUCAUGGGUGAUUCCAGUUCAUCUUAUUUUUUCUACUCUCACUAUAUAAUCUUGCCUCAUUUUUUAAAACUUUGGAACCAGAGUAUUUCAACUGCCUAGGAAGUUUUUUUUUUUUAAGUUGGAUUUGCUCUUCCCAAAAAUCUAAAAUGAAUUUAAUAAUUGGGUAGAAUAUAUUGGAAAGAAGUUUUUUUCUUUAAUAAAUGGAAUCAUAUAAAAUGUAUCCCUGAUUUUCUUAUUAAAUUGUAUUUUAAACUAAGUUCUUGCUUCCCAGGUUUCAUUCCCCAAAAACUUUUCCAACCAUUAAAAGUACAUACAGAAUUGUCUUGUUUUCAUAGGCGUGUAAAUAGGUUAAGUUCUGAGUGAUUUAGUGAGAAACCAAAGUGACUUUCAAAAAUACACCCUGCUUCCUUUGGCUUCUUUGCUUUUGUGUAACCUCCUGUUCACCUCCUGGUGAACAGAAUCCUCAGAUGAGGCUUAUUGAAUGAUUCCUUCUCAAAAGUAUACUUGAAAGCAGUGGUGUGCUGAAGCCAGCUCAUGCCCACUCACGAGGGACAAGUGUGAGAAUUUCUUCCCAGCUCUGCACUCAGUGACCUUGCGUUGGUAGCCAUGAGCUACCUCAUGAGCCCUCAUGUUAAAAUUGGCCAUAGUGGGAGUAUUUAAAUCACAGAAAUUCGCAGAUGCUAUAAAGCACAGCUUUCACUUUUUUUUUUUUUUUUUUUUUAGAGAGCUGGUUUACCAAUUUCACUGCUUGAAAGUAUCACAAAAAUCUGGGGAUCCUUCUGAAAAUAUAAAUGCCAUCAUAUUGUGGUAUAAUUUACACAAUAUAAUAUAAUUGUGUAAAAUCAUGAUUAUAAUAAUGUUUCAAGAAACAUUUCUUAAAUUCCCAA